AUGGAGCAACCAAUGGGAGACGAAGAGAAGAACUCUCAACCUUCGACGUCAGUUAAAUCGAAGCCAAGCUCGACAUUGCACCCGCCGAAAAAUGCUUUCGAGCGUUUCAAUGCCCGCCUGGGUCGGUUAAAUUUCUUCGAGACGCGUGGUAUCGAGCGCGUUCCGCUCGAUGAGCGCAAAGCCAAAGUAACCUCGGCGGACUAUAUGGAGAUGGCUCUGAUGUGGUUCAGUGUGAACAUCACGGCCAACAACAUGGCCGUCGGUAUGCUCGGUCCGUCGAGCUACGGGUUGGGCUUUGUCGACUCCGCCCUUUGUGCAACUUUCGGCGCUCUGCUGGGUGCUGCUGGUGUUUCAUAUAUGGGCACGUUUGGCCCUGCCAGUGGAAACAGAACUAUGGUCGUGGCUCGGUAUUUCAUGGGUUACUAUCCCAGCAAAAUAUGCGCGCUGUUGAAUAUUGUAAUCAUGCUGGGAUACGGUAUGGUCGACAGUAUUGUCGGUGGACAAGUUCUCUCCGCCGUCGCGGGGAACAACAUGACCGUGUCUGUAGGCGUGGUUAUCGUCGUGAUAGUCACCUGGGUUGUUGUGCUGUUCGGCAUGAAGAUAUUCUAUAUCUAUGAGCGAUGGGCCUGGGUCCCUCAGCUGAUUGCCGCCUUUAUCCUUGUUGGUAGCGCUGGUCCCAAAUUCGACACUUCAAUCGUGUCUACGGGUUCGGCGCAAACAAUUGCCGGCAAUCGCCUCUCCUUCUUCUCGCUCUGUCUCUCCUCAUCCGUUGCCUGGGCUCCCGCCGGCGCAGACUUCUAUGUCUACUUCCCCCCAACACCAAGAAGACUCGGCUCGGGCGUGGUGACUCAUCCUGAUUGGGAAGCCGCCCACGCCAUCUCCUCUGGUUCUCUGAUCCUCGCCGGCUACAACGGACUAGGCGACUUCGGCAAGUUCCUAGGCGUCCUAAUUGCGCUAGGUCAGAUCGCGAACAAUGUCGCGGGAACUUACUCCGCAUCCUUGGGCUUCCAGAUGCUGGGUCGCUACCCGGCCAAGGUUCCCCGGUGGGUGUGGACCUGCGUCGGCGUCAUUAUCUACCUCGUCUGCGCGUUAGCGGGUCAGAAUAGUCUAUCCGAGAUUUUCGAGAAUUGGCUCGCUCUGAUGGGCUACUGGGUUUGCAUAUACCUUGUAAUUGCUCUGGAGGAACAUUUGAUCUUUCGCCCAUCCAGAGGCUUUGAUUGGGCGGAUUGGAACAAUCGCUCGAAAUUACCUCUUGGUCUCGCUGCGCUGGCGGCUUUCUUGAUCGGCUGGGUUGGUGCCAUUAUUUCUAUGGAUGAGAUAUACUUCGUCGGUCCAAUUGCUAAGAUGAUUGGCGAGAGGGGCUCGGAUCUUGGUAUCUGGGUUGGUGCGUCGUGGGCCAUGUUGGUAUAUCCCGGACUGCGGUGGCUGGAGCUAAAGAAGUUCAAUCGUUAA